AUGGCCACAAUCAAUGGAACAGGAGCUCAGGCAGGCGAGCAGAUUCCGCCGGGGAAGCCAAUGAGCAUGGAGCAACACAUGCUGGACAAAGGGGCUCAGAUGCUGCAGUCUUUGAUGCCCAUAAAGCAUAUGAACCAGCACGUCUGCACUUUUGCCCUGUACAGCCAUGACAUGACUCGCCAGAUAGAGACUCACCACUAUGUAACCAGGGUCAACCAGGACUUCCUCCAGUGCGCUGUUUAUGACACCGAUGACUCCACUGGCCACCUCAUUGGGGUGGAGUAUAUUGUAUCCGAUCGCAUAUUUGAAACUCUGCCACCUGAUGAGCAAAAACUCUGGCAUACUCAUGCUUACGAGAUUAAAUCAAGUCUUUGGGUGAAUCCGCGGGUUCCAGAAAUGGUUGUGAGGCCUGAACUUGAAAAUCUUGCCAAGACAUACGGAAAAUUUUGGUGCACUUGGCAGACUGAUAGAGGUGAUAAGCUUCCCAUGGGUCCGCCGGCACUGAUGAUGUCUCCACAGGGAGCGGGAAUAGGCGUGGUGAAUCCGGUUCUAGUCCAGAAGAGGGAUAACAAGUACAAUAUAUCAAGCGAUGCACUCAAAUCUGCAAGAGUGGAAAUAGCAGAACCGGAGUGGCUUAACCCUCAAGCAGACUACUGGAAGCAGCACCAUGACAAGGGUGAUAAGCUUCCCAUGGGUCCGCCGGCACUGAUGAUGUCUCCACAGGGAGCGGGAAUAGGCGUGGUGAAUCCGGUUCUAGUCCAGAAGAGGGAUGACAAGUACAAUAUAUCAAGUGAUGCACUCAAAUCUGCAAGAGUGGAAAUAGCAGAACCGGAGUGGCUUAACCCUCAAGCAGACUACUGGAAGCAGCACCAUGACAAGGGUUUCGCCGUCGAAGUGGAGACGACAGAGAUGAAAAAAAGGGCAUCAUUCCCUUGA